AUGGGAAUCACUAAUGUUCUUUGCCAAGCACUGCAACAACAAUCUCAAGAUAUUCUUAAUACAAUGCAUAUUAUUUCUACAUCAAAGUUACUUCUUCAACAAUUAAGAGAUGGUGGAUGGUGCAAUUUUCUUGCAAAUGUUAAAGAUUUUUGUGAAAAAUAUGAAAUUGAAGUCCCUAAUAUGAAUGCACAAUAUGUUUUUGGAAGAGGUCGAUCUCGUCAACCAAGUGUGACAGUUGAGCAUCAUUAUCGAAUAGAUGUAUUCUUGGCAACAAUUGACUCUCAAAUACAAGAGUUGAAUAGUAGAUUUAAUGAGCAAACAAUAGAGCUUUUAACUUUGAGUUGUGCUUUGGAUCCUAAGGACAAUUUCCAAUCAUUUAAUAUUGAAGAAAUUAGCAAGUUAGCAGAGAAGUUUUAUCCCCUUGACUUUCCUUCUAAUGAGCUAAAUAUUUUGAAAUCUCAGUUGCAACAUUAUCAACAUGAUAUACCAAAUCAUUUGAAAGGCAUUGGUACACUUUCUGAAUUGUGCAAUAAGUUGCAAGAAACGAAAAAAUCAAGAACUUAUCACAUGGUUGAUAGAUUAAUACGUCUUGUUUUGACUCUACCAGUGUCUACAGCAACAACAGAAAGAGCUUUUUUAGCAAUGAAAAUUGUUAAGACAAGACUCCGAAGUAAGAUGGCUGAUGAAUUUCUUGUAGACAAUUUGGUCAUCUAUAUAGAAAAAGAAUUAGCAGCUAUUUUCGACACAAAUUCAAUUAUAGAUGAUUUUGAAAAUAGAAAAAAAACGUCGAAUAGCCUUUUCAUGAUACAAAACUGUAAGUAG